AAAUCCUGCAACUAUUAUUCAUAACCGCCACAACACUCUCCUCUUCAUCUCUCAACAACUUCUUUUUCACAAUGAAACUGGACACUGAAUUCAACCAACCAGAGCUUGACACGUGUCGCACCAUCGAAGUCGUUCAACCGCUGAUCAAGCAAUCCACCAUAGCCGCCGAUAAGCUCGAUUCUAACGGCGAGGAGCUUUUCACGCCGCCGUUAAACUUCUCCAUGGUGGAUAACGGAAUAUUCCGUUCUGGAUUCCCUGAUGCCGCUAAUUUCCCGUUUCUCAAAACCCUAGGCCUCCGUUCUAUUGUGUAUUUGUGCCCUGAACCGUAUCCGGAGCAUAAUAUGGAGUUUUUGAAGGCUAAUGGUAUUCGUUUGUUUCAGUUUGGAAUUGAAGGAACUAAGGAACCUUUCGUUAAUAUCCCCGAAGACACGAUUCGUGAAGCAUUGAAAGUGGUUCUUGAUGUAAGAAAUCACCCCUUGCUAAUUCAUUGCAAAAGAGGCAAGCACCGAACGGGUUGUCUAGUGGGAUGUUUGAGAAAGAUACAAAGAUGGUGUUUAACGUCGAUUUUUGACGAGUACCAGCGAUUUGCAGCUGCAAAAGCUAGACUUUCAGAUCAAAGGUUUAUGGAGCUUUUUGAUGCAUCCGGAUUUAAAGAUAUACCACCAUGUCCAUGUUCUUGUUCUAGGAGAUAAAAAAACGUGUCACUAAAGGGCGUUUUCGUCUUUUUCGUUUCCACAGAUUGGAAUAAACUGGAAUAGACGUUGAUUUCGCGGAAUAUGUUUAGCAGUUCAGGAAUGAUAUUUUCCAUUCCUUGAGGAUUACUUAAGCUGGUUUUUCUCGCUGUUAGGACUUUAGUAAAUUGUUAAUGUACCCGAUUUAAAAAGUUGAAAUUGUUGUUAAAGGCUUGUUUUUUGGUUAAAAGCUUGUUUUUUGGUUAUGAA